AUGCAGGGAAGCUUUACAGGGAAGCUUGAAAGUACAGUUCAGCUUAUUGUGACAGGUAUGUAUUACAGACAUAACCAUUAAUAACCAAACACAAAUCAGUUCAGCUUAUUGUGGCAGGUAUGUAUUACAGACAUAACCAUUAAUAACCAAACACAAAUCAAAUGCAGUCAACUCGUGUCUCUCAUAUUUAAUUUGAGAUCUGGAGAAAGUGAAUGAUAGCAUAAAUUUGUGCAAAAACAGGGCUGAAAGUGACUAGCUAACCUGACUGUUGGGAAAACAAUAGUGGUACUUUUACUGGGCAUGUAACACCAUGCUCUUAAGAGGAGAAAAUAAAUGCUACCAUUUACUUUGCUGUUUCUCAUCAGUAAGAAAUCAAAGGGUUAUUAAAGAGUUAUUGCUCUAUUCUUCUGGCACCAGCUACUGGGUUGCUCUGUUAUGCACAGAUAACUAUUAUGGGUAGGAGUACUGAGAUUUUCUCUUAGCAAAGCUGUCAAUCGAAAAUGGUCAGUCAAAACUACGUAGAAACAAUCUGAGUGGUUCUACGAUUUUGCCACAUGCUGUAGGUUAAUAAGGAAAAUAUUGCACGACCAAUAACAGGCAGCAUGUGAAAUUAAUUUGAUGUAAAAAAAAUUGUAGUUCUUUUCAUGCCUUUUAAAGGGACCUGCCAAAUGGAAUGAAAGUUGGCAUUUCACUGUUUGCUGCUUUCUGAGGGAUUACCCAGGUAAAAUGUCAGGCGGGAUAUAGGCGGGAUCCCGGCAAUCCCACCCAGGAUCCCAGGUGGGAAUGGCGGGAUCCCGCCUUAGGUGGUGGGAUCCCACCUUUCCCACCUGGGAUGAAAAUUUGAUCCCACCUGGGAUCCCGCAUUUAAUGCGGGAUUCCUGCAUCCCACCCGGGAUCUUAGGUGGGACUUAUGCAUUCUACCCGGGAUCCUGGUUGGGAUUUACAUAUCCCACCUACGAAAAUAUUGUUUUGCUGUUUUUCUUCUUACAAAACGUUUUUGUGAGAGUUCCAAUACUUAUGGAUCAUCCACACACUCCGCAAAUAUUUGGCAUGCGGACAAGACAGAGGUGGUCACUGUUCCCUUUGAGAAAAUACACCUUUUAAAUGACUUCUUCAAUUUGCUUUAUUUGAAACUCUGAUCUGAAAAUAUUUUUAAAACAAGACUUGUUAGUAGUGAGAAGUAGAAACCGAGUUUCUUUUCAUAACUUAAUUUCUUAAAUGUCCCAAUCACUGGACCUCCUAAAAAAUAUUACUUCUUUAUAUUUUUGGUGCAAAAUACAAUUCCUUCUUUACAUACAAAUGAAAAGUACAAGUCACAGUUCAAUAAUAACAGCUCUAAAGUUUACUUGUUGUUCUUCUCUGAGUCAGCGAUCAACAAAAUUUUUCUAUACCUUGUAGGUCUGGUAUAAAAUUUUACUUGUAGUAUAAAAUGACAACCUUGUAUCUUCGUUCUCUCCACCCCUUUCCAAGCUCGGUAACGCUUCGGACUGUGCAUAACCAUUUGCAGACGAGAAUUCCAAUGCACCUCUGUAAUCGCAUGUAGUUGCUUCUGUCUCUCGUGCAAAUGUUUUCUCCGUUAUGAGACGCACUUGACUCUGUUGGCACCACUGCUAGUUCACCGGAAAGACCGACUGAGGAAUCGAGAUGGCUAACUGUGUUGAAACGUGUUGCUGAACGCUUGUUGUGGUCAAGCCUUGUUGAUUUGGGUACUGGUACACUGGGAUCAUCUAGGUAUCUCUUAUACUUCCUAAUGUUAUUGGCUUGUGUUGUUUCUCACCUUCGCCGAGAACAUAACUCAAGUGGGUUUCGAGUCUUUCUUUCCUCGAAAACUUUCGGCCACAAAUCGUGCAUUCUUGUUCGAUUCUUGUCGAUUAUUUCUACAUAGAGUGAAUUCACAUCAUUAUUUAUGUCAUCAUCAAAACAUGAAUCCAAGGUAUCCACCAUCUAAGAGAGGAGAACCGAUCAGAAGAGACAGAAUAAUGUUGCGCGCUUCUCUUGAGACUGCAAUGGGUCAAGCCAGCGGAUUCUCUUUGCUAAAAGGUCCACGUGAUCAUGCCCGUGAUCGGAAACAAAGAAAACUCCAUUUGGCGCUCAUCUUUGAAUGUACUUUUCAUCGGUUAACCGCUCUUGCUUCAAGUUGUUUCUUUUCUCAACUGUUUUGCUUAAUAUAACACUUCUAAAGAUUGGUUUUAUUGUGGUUUAAUGGGAAAACGAGAGCAGCGUGAGUGUUUUAAAUGAAAAGAAAGUCGUUGACGCCGUGAACUUAAAAGAAGGGACAAUUAACAGUUGACAUAUCGACUGGUUCAAACAACGAUCGAGUGGCCAUUUAAAGCUAGGAUUUUUAGAAGUUUGUGGUGAGUACAAAUUGCCAUAUUCGUUACGUGAUCAAAAUCUUAUCAAAGAAUAGAAAUAACGGCUUGAAUUAAUCUUACCUAACACUCAGCGCAACUGAAACUCAAAUAAUUCUGAGAAUCGAAUUGGUCGCUUGCAUACUGCAGUUUCCUAAGCUUACACUUUACAAUGAAAUAAAUCUAAGAGUAAGGUUUCAAGAUUACUUUAGUCACAUUUGGGAACAUUCUGACCCUGCUUUGCUUUGAAAAAUUCGACUGAAGAGAGAGCAGACUUUCAAUCAGUACCUUUGUCAAAAUUUUGAUAACAUGAAUUAUUGAGGUUUUGUCUUUCUUUUAUUCUUUGAUACACAACAGCCAAUUUUUUUAAACGUUGAGCCUUAUUACACUGUAGAUGGUCUGCUUAAAUGAUGAAGAAAAAGUAAUAUGCUGAGUUUUGCUGUUAUUCUUUAAGAAUGUUCGGUUAAGAAAUUUGUUAAUAAAACAAGUCAAACACAUGCUGGUUCAUUGCAAAUAAAUUAUGAGAUCUUUAUCACAUAUAGUCUGUGUAUUCAUGUACUGUUUGAAUCAAUUAUGAUCAAUAGCUUGGUAAGACAAUGGGAUCCCAUUGGAGGUGUCAGUGUGUUCUAUAGCUAGUUGGAAAGUUUUGGACCCUCAGUGGAUUGAUGGGGUCUAUAGCUCACCUAGAAAAUUUUAUCCUCUUAAUUUUAAGAUAUCCUAUCUAGUACAUUUCAUAAAUCUGUGGUCUCCAGUGAUAAACAGGAUCCUUCAAAGGAUUUUUCUGAAAGUGGGAAGCCAUCUGUAAUUUUAUGCAGGGUCUAAACUGGGAUUGGCAGGAUCCCAGAUGCAAUCCCGCCUGGGAUAUGAUUUCCCAGGUGGGAAACUAUCUGAAAUUUGAGGCAGGAUCCUAAGACGGAUUGGUGGGAUUCUAGGUUUAAUCCUGCCCGGGAUGUGCUUUCCCAGGUGGGAUGCUAUUAGGAAUUUAAGGCGGGAUCCCAACUUCAAUUGGCAGGAUCCCUGUGGGAUCCCAUGCGGGAUGUUCCAUAAUCCCAGGUGGGAUCCCAUGUGGGAUGUUCCAUAAUCCCAGGUGGGAUCCCAUGCGGGAUGUUCCAUAAUCCCAGGUGGGAUCCCAUGCGGGAUGUUCCAUAAUCCCAGGUGGGAUCCCAUGCGGGAUGUUCCAUAAUCCCACCCGGGAUGUUCCAUAAUCCCACCCGGGAUGUUCCAUAAUCCCACCUGGGAUCCCAUGCGGGAUGUUCCAUAAUCCCAGGUGGGAUCCCAUGCGGGAUGUUCCAUAAUCCCACCCGGGAUCCCACCUGAAAAAGGUGGGAUCCCACCUGGGACACACAUGGGAUCCCAGGUGGGAUUGGCGGGAUCCCACCUUAUAUUUUUACCUGGGUAGGAUCUUCAAGUUUUACUGAUGUAAAUUUAGUCAACAGAAUGAUGACUUCCUCGAGUAAUUUUCUGACACCAAGGAGCAAGUUGAGACUUAAAAGAUUUGUGUGAUGGAGCAAAGUUUUCUUAAAGUUAUGAAAGCAAUAACCCAACAAAGUCUAUAGGAAAUAAUUUAACAAUGAUCCAUGUGGCCAGGUAGGAAUGCUGCAUGUUCGUAGCAGAAGCUGUUAUUGAUGGAGGUCAGUUCAACAGCUCUAAUUUUAUUUCUGACUUAGUUUGCUCCACUGAGAAACUGGCUGAAUUCCACAAAGAGCUCAAAGGGACUAAAAGUAUUCAAUUUCAAUUUAGAGUAUGAAACAUUUUGUGAACUUAUGUAACCUAAACUUUCCAAAAAUGUUUCAUGUAUAAAAUAAAACGGAAGCCUAAUGUUCUUUGAACAGACUUUUUAGUCUUCUUUCUGAGUGUUUAACCUUUCUGUUUCAAAUACAGCAUCUCUGAUGUCCUAUCAACAUUAAGUACAUGAAAACAAGUGUGAUAUAUGUGUAUGUAACUUCUUGGUCAAUUGACUGUGAUUCAAGGUCAAAAGCCUUUGUAACAUCUCAAUACUAUGUACAAUAAUAAAUAUUUAUUAAAGGAUUAAAGGAUUAAAAACAAGCAAGUGAAUGUUGUAAACAGAGAAUUUGGAUUAUUCAUAACAAGUGAACAAAAUUGUUCAAGUGAGCAAUGAGGUAAACUAUUUACCUCAUUGUUAUCAGUGGUCUCCAUACAGUCCAUUCUUAAUGCAGGAAAUUAGUUCCUUUUCUUUGCAUUGGACUUGGGUUUAAGAAUGUUUUAUUUGCAGGUACAAUUCUUCAAAAUGCAGAGGAAAAGUCGGAAACUCUCCCUUCUGCAAACUCCCCUUUCAGGACAAUCAUGAUGAAUAGUCAAAUUAUUUAAUGUUUGAUAAAUGAACAAUCAGUACAAGGAGUUGAGUAAGUUCUUCUUUUAACUUUAAGUAAUGACAAGUUAAGCAUUCAGCAUGCCACUGGUGUAUUCUUUUUAUCCCAAAGAAUCUAUAGUUUCUCUUUCAUCACAAUAUCAAUUCUCUGGGUUGAGGAUGUCUUCAGUAGAUCCUUUGUCAGGCCAAGUUCCAAGUGAGGUGUGGCUUGAUGGGCUCUGUUCCUAGUUGUUUGUGCAGCAGCAAACAUUUUAUGUUAAAAAAUGGGAGUAGCUUAGAAGCCAGGGUCCUCAGCCAGAUGAGUGACUUCCUUAAUUCGCCCUUAAUUCCACCUAAGUUGGGGCUCUGCUUUACAAUUUAGCUUGUGAGCAAGUUCUCCAGUAGCUAGUGCCAACAAGGUAACUUGUACUGAAUGAAGUUUAAGCCUUCUUAUACUAGUUGGUUGUUGGGGACCAAUUGCUGGAUACUUUUGUUUAUUUGAUUUAAAUUGGGUAAAUUUUAAGACUCAGUCCAAGUAAGAUUUGUUAUACCAUUUGAGGAAUAAUAUAAUCUCUUUUACCUUUCAGAGGCACCACUUAUAAACCUACCUUUAGGAGGAAAACAUUAUAUUGAAGGAUCUCCUGUCACCAUAAGCUGUAAAGCGUCUGGGAAACCACUACCAAAUGUAGCAUGGAUUAGAAAUGGAGUACAGAAAAGUUCAGGAAAAGGAGAUGCGAUUUUAAAGUUCAAUAAUAUAAACAGAACAGAUGCAGGACAAUAUACAUGUCGAGCAAAUAACUCAGUGGAAGUCACUUCCAUUAACACAACAAUUCUAGUAUACUGUAAGUAUAUUUAACCUUAAUUUUCUAUUUCUGAAUUAACUUUAUUUGCAGUGUGAAUCCUGUUAUUGAGGUCAGUUGCACAAAAUUGACAAAUCUGUUUAAAAAUGUAAGGAAACAGAAUUCCACCUCAAAACCUGUUCGGCUUUGUAUGCAUUGGUCCCAAGUAUUGGUUGUGACAAUUGAAUUUAGGAGGAAUCAUUGCUCCUAGGGAGGCGAAAUUUUUUUUGUCAAGUGAUUGCUUCAGUUGGACUGUGUUUAACUCGGAAAAUAGCUGGAAGCCAUUUGCAAGUCAACCCAUUUCUCUGUUUAACUAGUGCACAAGGCUAGCACAUUUUAUGAUUCUGUGUGAGGGCUCUGGGUGAGGCUCCAUGGAAAGCUGAGAAUUGGUCAAAAUUCUAACUGUCAGCUGGGAAGUUACAUGCUUGUUAUACUGAUAGCUGAGAUUUGCUGAAGGAAGCGAAAAUGAGCUGAAACUAAAACUGCAUGCUUAAGAUUUGCACACAUAUUUGCAUGUGUGGCAUUCAAAGAGAUAUACUAUUUAAGGGCCAAAAUCCAUGUUAAAUUUCAUGAUUCAAAGGCCUUACCACCUUAUAAUGAAUACUUGACUGCUAAAUAACACAAAAGUGAUGGACUGUACAAUGGAGUGAUUUCAACCUUCACCUUUUUUCAUUUAAAGACAGAGAAAGAAAAGACAAAUGCUGUGCUUUAAUAAUUGAUUUCCAUGACUUUCUGGUUUGGAAGACUAUGUAACCUGCAAGCACUAUGCUGCUCCACUAUGUGAGAUACUUAAUUGUUUCAGUGUUUGCAUAUGUGCAGGCAUUCAACCUCUAUUGUCAGGAGCUGGUAAAAAUCAAACAUGAACAGUAUGCUAAUCUCUAGAUUUCAAAGUCACUCAUCGUUAAAAAAAAUUACACAGGGCGUGCUGUCUCGGAGACCUACAUGUACUUCCAUUUUUCAAGUCCAGAAAUUGUCUCAUAUCUACUGAUGUAAGGGAAUACUUGUGCACUUUGAGCCAUGUCACCAUACACAUAAAUUUGACGUUAUAAUGAUAACUUAAUCUAUGGACAUAAUUAGGAUUAUUGUAGGAAAUCAUAUUUCAAUAGAAAUGCUGAACUUUGGAACUUGAUACCAUCUAGUAUAAAAACAAUCCACCAUUUUUCCUCUUUUAAGACCAG